AUGGCACACAACGGCAUUGCUCGGAGUCAGCGGCUUACAAGACUGAUGAAGCAGAAGCAUCGAACACGUCACGAGGGAGUCGAACCAGCCAGCAAACCAGGGGAAGAGUCAGCAGGGUCGUUGAUUUCCAGCAUACAAAAGGCGCACGUCCUGGACCAUAGUAAGCGUCAUGAGUCGUCGGGGGAAGUAUCGCACAAGGACUCGGAUCAUUCGCUAGAAAAGCGUCAGGACCCCUCCGCCGUUCCUCCAGAAUCUCAGACGGCGGCGCCGGCCACCACAGUAACCAGUGUUGUCGAUGCAUCUCCGGACACCGCUGCGGCUCUUCCGACAUCCAUAUCCGAUCCUGCUUCCAGUCAACCAACCGUCUCUGUUCCUGUCGAGAACCCCCCGGCUGCUGUGCCGUCGACCACUUCGUUAAAUGAGAUUCCUACCCCGUCACCUGGCCCGAUUUCGUUCACAGCGGACACUUCAGCAAUUACAAGUGCUAACGAUUUGACGACCAUACCCACCGCCUAUGUCUCUUUGUCAUUAGACUUAUCGCUUUCCAUAUCCGUUUCGGUCCCAACGUCUAUCGCUAUUAUUAACUCUGCGAGUAGCACCCAGUCGUCCGCUUUAAUACCUAGUGCUCGAUCCUCGAGUGCUGUAUUGAGCUCGACCCCAAUAUCCUCACCAAAGCCCACUUCGACGAGUACAAUUUCUAGUUCGACCUACACCAACGGUACCAAUUCGUACGGUUCAUACGACAGCACUUCCAGCGACUAUUCUGGUGAGUACUCGACCACGUCCGUGUCAGAGGCCACUACCACUGCGGACCUGUAUAGUACGGGAACGUAUUUUGGAGGCGGAGAUUCAGGCGCAACUGCUACGGGCCAGGCUCCCUCAGCAACCACGUCUUCGUCCUCUGGUGGUGGCUUGGACUCCGUCACUACCAAACGCAUUGUGGGCGGAGUUGUCGGAGGUCUCGCUGGCGCAUUCUUCCUGCUCGGCCUGCUACUCUUCCUGCUGCGACGGCGCAAGACGGCCUUGUUUCGACCGAAUCGUGGACUCCCAGCGAGUGAUGGGACUGGCGGUACGACCGGAGAAAGAGGAUCUGUUUCACGCACCGAGAUGGCGUCACGGCGCUCGAGUCGCGACCCCCUGUUCACGGCGUCGUACUUUGCUCCGGCUUUUAUGAAGCGAUGGAGGCAGUCGAAUCAGACGGUGCGGUCUGACGACAGUACCUUCACAUCUACCACCACGAGUGAACGCGGGUUCCAGAAGAUCUCGGGCCGCAAGAUCCCCUCGGUGCUGCAGUCAGGAGGGGAUGGCUAUGGCGGCGGGUUCGAUCAGGGAUCUCCGACCGCGUCGGAGCCCAGCAUGAGCCUACCCCCGGGGUCACCUGUCCAACCGCGAUCGGUCAUCUCUCAGCCUCCUCCCUCGAUGCCUUACGGGAUGCCACUGGAUGUGAGCUACACGCGGGAAGCGGAUGAAGCAGAGUCGGUCGUGGUAUUCCGACCGUCACCCGCCCGGACGCCGGUUGCCAGCUCGACGAACGUCAGCGUGGUGAACGUACCGGCUGCCUCGCGUGCCAUUCCUCAACCGGGGGUUACGUUAUCCCCCACGAUACCCCAGCGGCCAGACGGACUGGGUCGUAGCCACCCGAGCUUCGACGGCAGCCGGGGGAGUCGCUUCACAGAGAGUCUUGACGGAUUGUGA